AUGGCCGGCGGGGGCUUGGUGUCGAUUCGCCUGCUGCCCCGCGAGGGCCCUCCGGCCCAGGACCGUGUGGAGCACCCGCACAUCGUGCAGCUGCGCGAUGUGUUCCAGUCGGACCGCUGGUUGUGCCUGGUGAUGGACGCCGGGCUCGCCAAUCUGGCGGACUACAUGACAGAGGGCGGGCCCAACCGGCCUCUGGACGAGACCACGGCGCGGUUCUACUUCCAGCAGCUGAUCUACGCCGUGGACUACUGCCACCGGACGGGCUAUCUGGUCACGGACAUCAAGUUGGAGAACGUGCUGCUGUUCCCCAACCCACACUGCCGGGACACCAGGCCCACCCUCAAGCUGGCAGAGUUCGGUUCCGCCGUGAACGUGCUGUACCAGAGGAUGGCCAGGUCCGACCUCACCUCUCCGGAUUACGUGGCGCCGGAGGUGUUCGGCCGGGGGGGGCACGAGCCUGCCAAGAGCGACGUCUGGUCCUGCGGCGUGGUGCUGUACGUCAUGGUCCGCGCGCGGCUGCCCUUCACGCGCCGCUCCUACUCGGACACCAGCCUGCUGUCCCAGCACGACCUGCGGCGGGCCAUCCACCGCAUGCACGACUCGGAGUUCGACGUGGGGGAAGGCCUGUCGGCCGACUGCGCGGACCUGGUCCGGCAGUGCCUGGCGCCGUCGCCGGCGAACAGGAUCUCGAUCGGCGGGAUCAUGCAGCACAAGUGGUUCCAGGAGAGGCUGCCCGAGGGCGCGGAGAAGUUGAACGAUGAGAUUCUGGAGCGCAGGGCGCGCUUGUCGAUGAAGCACGGGGUGCAGGGCGGGUGGAGCGAGGAGGCCUGGGAUGUAUAG